UGUAUCCACUGUGUCUUAAAUACCUCUGCUCGAGGGGUGGGUGCAUGCGUGUGCAUGUGUGUGUGUGCUAGUUACUAGUCCUCCCAGGAGGACAAUACUCCCUGAGUUGGUGAGCUAAGUACAAGUAGAAGUAGUAUACUAGACGCAGAGAAACAGAAAAGAAGAAGAAUAGCAGAGGAAAUGAGAAAGUCCCGUACUCUGGAAACGUACAGUGUUUGUGACAGGCACUACGUUCUAAUUGAGAGAUUAAUUUGGAUUUCAACUUAUAUUUUUAUUGCAGGUGAGUUACCUGUUUCCUGAGUUUAAGCUACAGGUAGGGGGGUUGCCACUGUGGACCCUUCCCUGUUUGGUCGCCAAACCUGUUGCUUGAUCUAUGGGUUGUGAGUGUUGUAACCUUGCACAUCAGGGUUCCCAACUGAACCCUAUCAAACCUCAGAGCGUUAACUGGGAAUUCUUAAGUAAUCAGUAUAAAUACUAAAUACUCUUUGUUUGACUUUGGACUUGCAAAUCCUCUCUAUACUUGAGUGGGGGUAAGAUUAACUUUUUUUUUCUUCUUAUCAGCCUUGGCCCUGUUUUGGGUUCCUUAUGAUUGUUCAGAUGAAUUAUGAAAUUUAUUUUUCUCUCUAGGUCAAUCCUUUGAGAUGCUUAAAGCUCUCCAUAAAACAACUUUGUUGGAGAAUUGAUCAUGCAAGAAAAGUUCUUCAGCUUCAAGGGCCAGAUCUGUAUUAUGUUGUGGACUAGACCAGAGCUUGGAGCCUGAUGGUUUCUUGUAUGGAUACUGUCCCCUAGCUCAGGUUUUUAUCUGGGAGACUUAUAGAGCCUCAGUUUGAGCCAGUGGACUCAAAGUACACAGGACCAGUAUCUUCAUUGUCAAGAUAGCUUCAGUCAGUGAUGGUUGGGUCAUAAGAUUGUGUAUUCCUGUGAGCUGCCGAAACAAAGAAAGGGUCAAACUGAACAGUUUUGUGUGAUAAAGUGCCUUGCUCAGUAUCCUAACAAUACAAGGAGUCUUGAGUCAUGGGAGGCUAUAAUCUCUCUUCCGAGCCUAGGGGAUCAGGAUGGAGGCUCUCAUUUUAGUAAGAAGCAGGAAAUAGAAAGCAGGUACACAUCAUAUUUGACAUUGUAGUGGUGAUGUGAAGUAUCAAAAACAUAAGACUUGGAAGCACCAAGUUUCACCCAUCAAAAUUAUGAGCCAGCAGAUGCUCAUAGUUCUUCAGUUUUAUUUCACUGGGCAGAAAAUCAUUUCAAUGGCUUCCUAAUAGACCACGUAGCAGCUCACCCCAAUAUUAAGGCUGAUUUGAUGUAGCCAACUCUUGGAAAAUAUGACUUUCACGUUGAGAUGUUCAUGAAACAUUAUGAAAGGCAGGAGAAGUCCAGAAGUAAAUUUGUUCUCUUUUAGCAAGAAUCACAAGCUACCUUUAACAAAUACAGAGACCUGGACAAUUUUUCCCCAAUGGCCUAGACAAGAACCUAGAAGCUAUAGUUGAUACAUCAGAGGAAGAAUUUUGGAAACUCAUGCUGAUAAGUGACAGUCAAAGUUCUAAGUGCUCAGGUUUUCUGCUGGUUGAGCUGAAAACUUGCAUAGAUCCAUUGUGCAUCAAUGGAAGAUCAGUUUAAAAUUCUUAUGUUGUCUUUUUUCCUCUUUUCCCCCCCAAAGCUUCCUUUUAGUGGCUAUGUGUUAGGCAGAAAGGACAAGUGAGAAUUCUUUGGUGAAGCCAUUUUUCUAGUUUGACAUAGACAAAAUAAUGUAGAAUUAUCCUUAAUUUUCACUUUGAUUGAUCGAUCCAUCAGCCCUCACAUCAUUUGUGUUGUUCUAGCCAGUCUGUCAGCCACCCACUGGCCAAGCUGUCAGUGACACCAGACACCCGAUUGGCCUUGUGCACCGCAGCCCAGAACCCCUGAGUGAUCUGCCAGCCUCAGUGCCACCAUUCCCGACAAACACUCAAUCCAACAUCCCCAGAAGAGUGCAGUCUAAUUUAAAGAAAUAAUAUUUGCAAGUAGGAAAAAUUCCUGAUUACCUGGCAUGGCAUCAUUGCAACAUACUUUCGAGAAUGUUAAACACAUAAAGAUCAGUGUGCAUCCAACCUCAUCUAUCCAGGUUUCAAGCUCAGGAACAGACAACUUAACAAUCUAUGAAUCUCAUACAACACCUUUUGGGUCAGAAUUAAAGAAAGAAGAGAAAACCCUGAGGAGCCUCGUGGAGAUUCUGCAGGAUAUGAUGCAAGAUGUUCCUACACAGCGCACACCAACUGAACAAACAAUCAUUACACCCAAAAUAGUGAAAUCGUAUGUUAAUGGAAGUAUUGACUCUUUUUGGUUAAAUGUGGGCCAAAAACAUGAUAGAAAGCCACAGAAGUCAAAGAAAAAGGCUGCUGUUACAAGAAAAUUUACUACAUCUACAACAACCCCAUUUUGGAGUCUGCGAACUGGCACAGAAGUUUCUGUCCUUUUACAUACUAAUGAGUCGUCUAGCUCAACAACACCACUGAAAAAAAUAUUUUUUACAUUUGAAAAUGCUGUUUCAAAAAGAAAAAGAAAGACUUUUGAUCAGUUAACAAAUGGAUCCCUGGAAAAUCUAGUUCAGUCUUUAAAGAAUGUAAAAAAACUCAAAGAAACAGAAAACAUCACCAAAAAAGCAGAAAAACUGAAACAUAUUGCAAAGGUGAAAAAGCUACAUGUAUAUGACAAGGUGAAACAUCGACCUGCAGGUGAAGCAAUCUUGGAAAAGAUUGAAAAGCUAAAAAAAUUGUUACAGAAGCCACCAGAUUAUGUUAAACAAAAUCCACAUCUCAAAGAGUAUGUUGAAUCAUCUGAAAACUAUAUAACGAAAUCUCUUAUGCUGGAAAAAGAAGCAGAGGCUUCACUAGGUCUGCUGUAUCACCGACCUAAGCCUUCACCUCCGAAAGAAAAGGUAGAACAGAACACAGAAGUAGUAGAACAGGACACAGCAGAAAUCAGAAAGUUAAGAGCAUUUAUUAAUCUGCUGUAUGAUUUUAGUCCUCAGCUAACUACAUAUAUUGAAAGUUCUGACAAGAAAUAUGUCCCAGAGGAUAUUAGUGUAAAAGCUAUUGCUGUUCUUGAUGCUAUGAAACAUGUUUUCUGUGGAAGUCAGGCAGAGCAAAACAAAAAGGUGUUGAAGAAGUUGCUAGAGGAUGAUAUAAAGCUUUUAAACAUAGUUCUUAAGAACCACGAAUAGACUCUUAAAAAUAGUUAUUUAUUGGUACCCUUCAUUGCAUUUACUUUAAUUUUAAAGUUCGAUUUUCUAGUUUGUCAUUGUCAUCUAGACCUGAUCUCUGUUGUAACAAUAUUCAUCUCAGUAAUUAAACACCAUUUUUAAAAAAUGUUCAUUUUCAGUGUUUACCAUGAUGGGUUGUUGACCUUGGAUAAGCUUAUUCUGUUGUUAAAUUUGUGUUGGCAUCUGAAUGAAUUAUGCUUAGAUAUAUUGUUAGUUUAAAAUUUUGCAAUUUCCUUUUGUAAGGGUUGUUCUGCAAUGCCGCUGUAAUACAUACCACUUAGUGUAGAGGGCUGAAGUAAAGCUUUUAGUCUUUUAAUGUUUAUUUGUUAAAAUUAAAUAACACCAAAUAGAUCGACACUCUUGGGCUAGUGACUCUCAACGAUAGGAAUGCAAAGGGGGUUACUCUGGUACAGGAUAGUGGUUCCUGUAGCUACCAAAUAAACGUCAAGGAGCAACCCUGGGCUCCCUGUUCUUGUUCACAAGUAGAGAAAGCCCUAACUGCAGUCAAACUACCAUGGUUCUGAUACAUGGGGAAGGAAGUGGGCUGCAAAGGGGGCUUCUUGGAGUACUCUGUAAGAACUUAAGAACGGCCAUACUGGAUCAGACCAAAGGUCCAUCUAGCCCAGUGUCCUGUCUUCUGACAGGGGCCAAUGCCAGGUACUUCUGAGGGAAUGAACAAAACAAGUAAUCAUCAAG